AUGUCUGAGCGCCAGCCAUCCUGUCCAGGCUGUUAUGUCGGUACACUUCUGGAAGUGGACCCACGAACUGGGAAGACAAGCAACCCAUUAACUCUAUCCAGCAAUAACGAGAUAUACGUCGGUCGAGACCAGAAACGAUGCCAAUACGUUGUAAACGAUCCAUUCAUCUCGAACCGUCACCUCCGAAUCUACACCAUCAUCUUCGACCAAGACAAUCCCGACGAAGUCGCACCGUUAGUAUACGCUCAAGAUAUCUCGCUGAACGGCACGUCGUGGAACAACUAUCCCAUGGGAAAGGGAAAUGGUAGCUUUCUCUUGAGCGACGGCGAUAUUCUGAAACUGUCCCCGAGUGUCCACCUUUUGUACCGACGUGACGGCCACAGAGAAGAGGAUCACUUUGACGUGCUGCAGAGAGUCGAGAUGAGGGUUUUUGAGGAUCAGUACACGAUUACACAGCGAAAAUUAGGAUCCGGGGCGUACGGGCAGGUGCAUAUGGCGUUCAACAGAGAGACUGGUCAGCAGCUUGCAUGCAAGAUCGUUGAUCUCCGGACUUUGAAGGACAGGGUUCUUGAAGAGUUUGACGGUCAAAGAUCCAGGUUCUUCGAAAUGGACACGGACCGCGUGGUUGCGGCGCGCACACACUGUGGGUACAUCGCAAGGAAAAUCCAGGAGAAACUCGAAGUAUAUGACCGGGAAGCCAGAAUCCUGGCAAGGCUCUGCCACGACCUCGUGACUGCUGGUGACUUGUUCUCAUUCAUCCAAUACAAAGGUGGAAAGCUUGGUGACAUUGAAGCUGCCGUGAUCGUGCGACAGGUUCUCAUGGCUCUGCAUUACCUCCAUGAACAGAAUAUUGUUCACAGAGACCUGAAGCCAGACAAUAUUCUCAUGACGUCCCUGGCGGAUGGGAGCAGAGUGGUGCUCACUGACUUUGGAUGUGCGAGGCUAGUACAGCCUCGGAUUGAGAGAAUGUCCACAAAAAUCGGCACGUAUGACUACAGCGCUCCCGAAGUCCUUCGAUCCAGCCGACAAGGCUAUACAAAAGCCGUAGAUCUAUGGUCCCUAGGUUGUGUUGCAACCGUGCUCCUGACGGGGGAACCUCCUUUCAGCUCUCCAUUGCCUGAGCGGAAAACCAGCCAGGGCAAUCGACAGGGUGCUCUCGACAGACUCGAGGCGAAUUUGACCUGCACCAUGAUUGGCAAGCGGGCGAAAGACUUUGUUCUUCGUCUCCUGGUCUUCGAUGAGACAAAGCGCAUGGAUGUGAAGCAAGCAUUGGGUCAUUGUUGGUUCACCAAUCCUGCUCAUAAAGAGGCAUUUGAAGCGCUCUACAAGCGAUCCGUUAGGGACUGGAAGCCUCGAGUACCGAAGGAGCCACUGAUGGUCGAGCUCCGCGAUCUGAUCCAAGUCCGCAAGACGAACGGAGAUGUCGUUCAGAUUCAACAUUCCCAAGAGGAUUUGCCAAGCGAGUUUUCUGGAUCAGCUCUUCCAACGGCAAGUGUCGCUCAAGAGGCGAUAUUGAUGGAAUCACCAUCGCCUGGACAACGCAGAGAUCUCUCUCCGACACUCUCCGAUCCUGACCUGCCGCGACACGGCCAACUAAACGACAAUCCACAUCAAUUCCAUGAUCUGGAAAACGACAUUGCCGAAAUUGACUCGGAAGCAAGGUAUCUAAGUUCUUCCGAGCAAAGCCUGGAGACUUCCGAGCAAUCUGAAGUACAUAGAGAUCAGAGCGAACAGUUCAACCAGUAUGAGUGGGCGAUUCCAUCUAUAAACCCAUAUCUUUCAAAGGCCAAUACUGCACUCUUGAAGAAUAUCAACGAUAGCCCAACAGGGAAGAAGAGUGCUCAGAACACCUGGGAGGAACUUGAGAAUGAGGUCUACGAGGAGGUCAGAAAUAGUAUCACCGGGAAGCGGCAGCAUUUAGUAUAUGGCACGAACAUUGUCAAAAACUGGGUUUGA